AUGAGUCCUCAAGGCAUGACUCGCAAAAGGCCUGCUCCUGGCACAUCUCCAAUCGCUCAUCCACAAUUAGGCCCGAUCUCCAACUAUCCGCAACCCUCUAACACUCAGCUCUCAAACGACCAGUUCUUGCAAUGGGGCCAGAACACUUCCUCGAAUGUUGUCAGCCCAUCUUCCUUUUCUGAUGCGAAUCCUUAUGGCGCUACAGCAUAUUCGGCAGGUCAAGACGUGCCGGCACCUACAGCUACUGCAUCUACACAACUCGCACGUAGACAGACACCAAAUCAACUAGUCAGCCGGAAUCGCGGAUAUGAACAGACACCGACCCCCUUGUCUGACCAUGGGACGGGCGUGGUUGCGAAAAGGGAGGUGCAGGCCAAGAGGAAGCAGAUCCCCCCAUUCGUUCAGAAGCUAAGCAGUUUCCUGGACGAGUCUAAGAACACAGACCUCAUUCGGUGGUCCGAUGACGGAAACUCCUUUAUCGUGUUAGACGAGGACGAGUUCGCAAAGACCCUGAUCCCUGAACUUUUCAAGCAUAACAACUACGCUUCCUUUGUCCGCCAGUUGAACAUGUACGGGUUUCAUAAGAAGGUGGGGCUCUCGGAUAAUUCGAUGCGCGCCAGUGAACGAAAGAAUAAGAGCCCUAGCGAGUAUGCCAACCCAUACUUCAAGCGUGGCCACCCCGAUUUGCUGUGGUUGAUACAGAAACCUAAGAACACGGGAGGGCAAGGGAAUAAGUCAGGAAAGUCCAAUAUACGCGUUAAAACUGAAGAGGUGGAUGAACACGAGAAUGAUGAUUACGAUGAUGUCCCUGGUGCACGAGACGACCGAUCCCGGAACCGACAAUUAUCUCUAGUCCAAGGAGGGAAUAUUAUGCCGAAAGAUCAACUCGCGGGGGUUUACCGGGAGUUGCAGGCUAUUCGGCAGCAACAGCAGGUCAUCUCCAACACAAUUACCAAGCUACGGAGAGAACACGAGCAACUCUACGCGCAGGCCGCCAAUUUCCAGGAGCAGCACACUCGGCACGAGAAUUCGAUCAAUGCGAUUCUCACUUUUCUGGCGACUGUCUAUAAUCGCAGCCUUCAGGGACAGGAAGGGCCUCAAAACCUCGCCAACUCUUUUGCUGGAGCGAUCUCUCAGGAUCAAGGCAAUGUAGUCGACAUGGGAGAUGACUAUUCGCUGAGCACCUUAGGUGCUCAGCAUAUGAACAGCCCUGGAGGACCGCGAGCAAUGAAGAAGCAACCCCUGCUUCUCAAAGCUGCGCCAUCAGAACGACAGAGCCGCGCAACAACCCUCUCACCAGCCGCCAGUGCGUAUGAGGGUCCACAACCGCGGGGUCAUACUCGCCAGCCGAGUGCCCCCCAACACGGUCAUAUUGAAGAGGUCUUUGAUAGCAGUCCCCGGCCGAAAGAGACGCAACCGCCCCAAACCGAACAGUUUCCUCAGCGGGAUAUCAUGUCCGUAAUUCAGAAUAGCAAUGCGCGAAAUGGAGGCCCGCCCACAAGCUUUGCGGACUUUCCCAAUGUAUUGUCGUCGCUGGAAACGUCAAAUGGCAACGUUCCUCUUACUCCCAAUCAGCGCGCGGAUAUGCUCCGUCUCAUGGCCAAUGAGACUAGCACGGGUGACUCCAAUGUACCUGUGUCACAGAACAAUGCCCUAAUAACCCCCACACCACCGCCAAUGCCUCUCGGUUAUUCGAAUCGUCUUGCGAGCACCCGCGCGGAGAUUGACAACCUCGUGAAAAUGCAAGCUGAACAAGAUCGUUCAGUUCAGAAUUUAACAAACCUUCUACAGCCGCUCAGCCCAACAGGGACAAUCCCGGGCAUGGUAACAGGCGAUGGAAGUGUUCCUCCUCCCCCGCUAGACCUCGAUCAGAUUUUCAAUAAUGACUACUUCACGGACAUCGCGGAUCUUGAGCAUAAUAAAAACAACUUGGACUUUGGAAACACCACGACUGCGGUACCCGCUACGGCACCAAGCGAACCUGUCACGACAGGUGCAGAUGAUAGCGUAAUCAAAGAUGGAAACGACUUGUUUGAUUUUGACCAUAUCCCUGAUAACGGCGAUCUAUUCGAGGGACCGGACCAACAGCAACAGAACCCCGGUUUCUAUAACGGCUACGAUGGCAGUGGCUUUAAUAAUACGAUAAAUCCGGGUGCUGGCAGAAUCAUCGAAACUCUUACCGAUAGCGAAGCGACCAGCCCAAGUAACACCGUGGACGAGCCCGCACAAUAUGGCGUCCCUAACGGGGGCAAAGAUCUCCAGGGAGGUAAGGGAAUCGGCGGUAGCGCGAAGCGGCGCAAGAAGGCUUAA